ACCGGUCACGUGACCUCCGCGGAAGUCAACAAACCGGGCGGGCGGCGAAAUGUAAAAAGACGAAAAGCUUAUUUUACAUCCUUGUUCUCUGUCUGUGGUUGAACGUCUUCAGAUUGAAUGCGGUGUAAAAACGUGUACUGAAAUUCAACCGCGUGCCUUUUAAAUGUCACAUGUCGGGACGUACUUUCCGUCGUUUAGCGUUAAGUGAGCCGUUGACGUACCGUUUCAAAAUGGGGAGCGAUUCUCUCCUCUCGAGCGUUAACGUGGUGCUCGUAAUGGCCUACGGUAGUCUGGUCUUUGUUUUGCUAUUCAUCUUCGUCAAAAGACAAAUAAUGCGAUUUGCCAUGAAGUCUCGUAGAGGACCACAUGUUCCCCUUGGCCACAAUGCUCCCAAGGAGCUGAGACAAGAAAUAGAAGCCAAACUGUGCCAGGUCCAGAAAAUCCACUUUGAGCCCCGUCUGCUGUUCCCAGAUGAUGACCGGCUAAAGCAAAGAGAACUGUGUGGUUCCCAUGACUACCUGUACAGGAUGAGAGCACUGGAUGCCGUCAGAGACACUGAUCUCCCUUUCCGUGAACUCGGCGGCUCAUCCACCGCCGUGACGGGUAAAAGACUUCGGACGUGGCUUCUCCAGCUGAGAAACUCUCACUGCGUGUUCCGAGACAGCCUGAGCUCGCUCAUCGACACGGUGCUGGACGGGUACAACAAAGCACGUUACGGGGCAGAGGCUUUUGGUGAAGCAGAAUUUUUUAAAUACCAUGAAGCUCUGACUGAAUUGACCUCUGUUGUCAAGUCUCACAGCGGUAGCAGCUCUCCGAGCCAGUACCGUCAGUCCGCAGCCAGAGACCUGACCAGCACUACGGAGCCUGCGAGCUCCUCCUCCUCCCCCACCCAAACUACCUACCUCACAUCUUCAAUGCAACACCGCAGCAAGCGGCCCAGACACUUCCUGGAACUGAAGAACUUCAAAGACAACUACAACACUCUGGACAGUUUGUUCUGAAAAUCUGUCCAAAAGAAAUAUCACAAACAACGUGAAGCUGUCGGUGAUUAAAGUGCCUACGGACGGCGACAGGUCACCAGGUAGUUUAGAGUAAUGAUAAAAACACUGCCUUCGCAUAUUUCCUUGUUCACAGUUGAAUGCAUAUCAGACUCAGUGUAGCCUAUGCAUAUAUCCUGUAAUAAUGCAUGUGCAGUGUAAGUUAGUAGGGUUGAUUUGACCAAAACCACAGCUAUGGGGCUAUGCAAUGGCAUAAGACAAUCAGUAUUUAUUGCACAAUGUAAAGGCCUAUGCAGACUUGUUAAAAUGACCCAACUGGAUCAAAACUUGCUUAUAGUUAACAAUGUUUGUCGAGAAACCCAGUGUUAAUGUUUGAAAAACUCACACUGUUUAUGUCACUUAUGUUUACAUCUAUGUAUGUCACUACUGUUCAUUUGCUGCUGUUAAAUUGACGGGCUAUUUUUCUUUUUGCCUUAAAUGUUUGUUUUACAGAAGCCAUACUUGACUUAAUGAAUUUUGAUGAUUAAGUGCUCUUUCUCUCUCAGUGCAAUGCAAUUUAAAAGUAUUAUGGUACAUUAAAGCACCAGGGGAAGUCUUUUCCUAAACUUGUCUUUUUUAAAAAGUAGACUGGCCUCCUUAUGUGUUUCCUUUGCGAUUCAGGGUUUCCAUAAGGUGAAUAAUUGUAUUUUCUGUGGUUAUUGUUCAAGUAGCUAUCCAAAUAAAACAAUGACAUACAGA